UCGCAACGCAACAAACUAGUAAUUGCAAACAUUGUGAUUGUAGCGUAGUGAUUUGUUGUUUGUUUACUGCUGCGUUAUCACAUAUAUUUCUAGAGCAACUAUGAGACGCAUCACAUAUGAGAGAGUAUUCGUUACUGUCGGAACCACACAAUUCGAAGAACUGAUUGAUAAAAUCACGGAACAAGCAAUAGUUGAUGAAUUGCGACGAUUAGGUUGCCGUAAAUUGCAUCUUCAGAUAGGGCGUGGCAAAGAUCCGAUCAUCUCCAAAGCCAUAUUCGGCAACGACAUUGAAGUAAAGCUUUUUGACCUAAAAACUAGCAUUAUAGAAGAUAUUCAGCAGGCUGAUCUUGUAAUAAGCCAUGCAGGUGCCGGUAGCUGCAUUGAAGUUUUGGGAGCAGGAAAGCCACUCAUUGUAGUAGUUAACGAACGGUUAAUGGACAACCAUCAAACCGAGCUUGCAGAACAGUUGUCGCAGGACGGCUAUCUGUUAUAUUGCACACCGUCCACUCUAUGUAAUACUUUGACCGAAGCAAACUUUGAUCAACUGAAGAAGUUUCCUCCUGGUUCAACUGCAGACUUCACUAAAUAUUUGGAUAAAUUUAUGGGUUAUUAAGAUUUGUAACUUUUGUUUAAGGGAUAAAUGU